GCGCUUCCGCCUGCGCGGGGCCACGCCGGGCCGCUCAGCGGCGCUCGGGACAGUCGGGAACCGCGCCCGGAGCCGCCGGCGGCGGAGCGGCCGGACGAGGGAGGCGGCGAUGGAGCUGGAGCCCGAGCUCCUGCUGCAGGAGGCCCGCGAGAACGUGGAGGCGGCGCAGAGCUACCGGCGGGAGCUGGGCCAGAGGCUGCAGGGGCUGCGGGCGGCGCGGAGGCAGAUCAAAGAGAGUGCAUCACAGACCAGAGAUGUCCUCAAACAACAUUUUAAUGAUUUAAAGGGAACCCUUGGGAAGCUCCUGGAUGAGCGACUGGUGACCCUUUUGCAAGAAGUGGAUACUAUUGAGCAAGAGACCAUUAAGCCACUAGAUGAUUGCCAGAAACUCAUAGAGCACGGAGUUAACACUGCAGAGGACUUGGUCCAAGAAGGAGAAAUUGCCAUUCUUGGUGGUGUAGGAGAACAGAAUGAAAAAUUGUGGAGCUUUACCAAAAAGGCCUCCCACAUUCAGUUGGACAGCUUACCAGAAGUGCCUUUACUGGUUGAUGUGCCAUGUUUAUCUGCUCAGUUGGAUGACUCAAUUCUUAACAUAGUGAAAGACCACAUUUUUAAGCAUGGAACUGUAGCAUCUCGCCCACCAGUCCAGAUAGAGGAACUAAUAGAGAAGCCUGGAGGCAUCAUUGUGCGAUGGUGUAAGGUGGAUGAUGACUUUACAGCCCAAGAUUACAGACUCCAGUUCCGUAAAUGUACUUCAAAUCAUUUUGAGGAUGUAUAUGUGGGCUCUGAAACGGAAUUCAUAGUAUUACACAUAGACCCCAAUGUUGAUUAUCAGUUCCGAGUCUGCGCCCGAGGAGAUGGCCGACAGGAGUGGAGUCCUUGGAGCGUCCCCCAGAUAGGUCAUUCCACGUUGGUGCCGCAUGAAUGGACAGCUGGCUUUGAGGGGUACAGUCUGAGCAGUCGAAGAAACAUAGCACUCCGGAAUGAUUCAGAAUCCUCAGGUGUUCUCUACUCCAGCGCUCCAACCUAUUUCUGUGGGCAGACAUUAACGUUCAGAGUUGAAACUGUGGGCCAACCAGAUCGAAGAGACAGUAUAGGAGUGUGUGCAGAAAGGCAGAAUGGAUAUGACUCUCUGCAGCGGGACCAAGCAGUGUGCAUUAGUACAAACGGUGCAGUUUUUGUAAAUGGAAAAGAAAUGACUAAUCAGUUGCCCGCCGUUACUUCUGGGUCCACUGUCACAUUUGACAUUGAAGCUGUGACUCUGGGAUCCACCAAUAAUAACGAAGGCGGAAACUUCAAGCUUCGAGUAACUAUUAGCUCUAAUAACAGAGAAGUGGUUUUUGACUGGGUACUUGAUCAAUCUUGUGGUUCUCUUUACUUUGGAUGCUCAUUCUUCUAUCCUGGAUGGAAAGUGCUGGUGUUCUAGACUUUUGGAUGAUUGGCUUUGGUUUGCAGGUUUUUAAUGUAGCUGUCCUCAGCCCAAUUUAGUUUUAAUUUAUUUUUAAAAAAAUAUGGUAGAUUCAUCUCUCAGUCAAGCCAUGGGAAAUGGAAAUUGUUUACUGGAUUUAUUUUGGAAUAUUUUAGCAAUAAGAAACUUGAAUGUUAUGGACAAAAGUGUAAUGCAGUUAUUUUUAUUUUUAGCAUAGUGUUAAUUAAAAUGUCAUGUCACAAUAUAAUGAAUAAAACAAAUUAGUUUUUAAAAUAUUAGGAGAUACAGAAAGCCCUAUACCUUUUCACGCUAUACUUUUAAAAGUUGGCUAUUAAGACAGAAAAAUUUAAUGUAUCAUUAUUUUAUUAAAUCUCCAUCUUUUAAGAACCCAGGGCCAUGUAAGACUUUAGAAUAAAACAACAGGACUAGGCCAGAUAGAAGCCUGAGUCUGUAACAUAAAUUCACUUUCGUGUUCUCCACUUCCGUGUUGAAUAUGCUCUUCAUAUUCAGGCAUUCGUAAGCAGUAUUGAAUUUUAUCACAUAUUCAGUAUUCUUAAAGUCCCCAAAACAUGAUAAUUUUUGCAGUUUUUGUAAUUACUGAGCAAAUGUCUAUAAUAGGCAAUGUAUUUUAUUUUGUUCUUAUAGUUUGAUUCAUGAUAGGCUAGAGGACUUUUACAGGGUAAAACUACUUGUGGAAGUAGUAUGCACAGCAGUGUUAGCCACAUCACAUGUAUAGAACAUGUACAUGUGCAUGUCCAGCCACCGUGAUAUGCAUAUUAACAUUUUAAUGGUAUGAGCUGCAGUCCAGUUUAAUGUCAGUUUAUAAAUGGUCGUUUAGCGGACCAAAUAUAGGGUAAAUACUUGACCUAUUUUUGACAACUUAAAUUUGUGUAAAAUAUUUAUUUGAAAGACUUACUUAGUACGUAAAAUCAUUAUCUUAACUUGCUAUAUACCAGCCUACAGAAUUUUUUAAUGUGAAUUCCCCCCCCCCCCCCCCCCAUUUUUAAUAGUAGAAAAGCAAGUCUGAUAUUUUUGUAAGAUAAUUUAUUUGGGGAUUUGCAUUCCCUGUUAGACAAUCAUGACCUUUUUUCCUGUGCCUUAUGUAUAAGUAAGUCAUCUUUCACUGAAGAUGUGUUAGAAUGUAGAUGCCUCGUCCAACUGUCUAAAAAAAUAAAACCUGAAAGUUAAA